GCGGAGCCGGAGGCCUCGGAGCGGCCCGGGCUCAGCCGCCGCCUCCCGCUCAGAUGCCGCCGCCGCCGCUGCUGCCGCUGCUGCUGCUUUUCCUGGGCCCGCGGGGCGCGGGCGGGGCGCAGGCCCCCAACGCCAGCGCCGAAGGGUGCCAGAUCAUACACCCGCCCUGGGAAGGCGGCAUCCGGUACCGGGGCCUGACGCGGGACCAGGUGAAGGCCAUCAGCUUCCUGCCCGUGGACUACGAGAUCGAGUACGUGUGCCGCGGAGAGCGCGAGGUGGUGGGGCCCAAGGUCCGCAAGUGCCUGGCCAACGGCUCCUGGACGGAGAUGGACACCCCCAGCCGCUGCGUCCGCAUCUGCUCCCGGUCAUAUCUGAUGCUGGAAAACGGGAAGGUGUUCCUGACGGGCGGGGACCUCCCAGCCCUGGACGGAGCCCGGGUGGACUUUCGGUGUGACCCUGACUUCCAUCUGGUGGGGGUCUCCCGCAGCGCCUGCAGCCAGGGCCAGUGGAGCAGCCCCAAGCCCCACUGCCAGGAGCGGCGCGCCGUGUACAUCGGGGCGCUGUUCCCCAUGAGCGGCGGCUGGCCCGGCGGCCAGGCCUGCCAGCCGGCCGUGGAGAUGGCGCUGGAGGACGUGAACCGCCGCAGGGACAUCCUGCCGGACUACGAGCUCAAGCUCAUCCACCACGACAGCCAGUGUGACCCAGGCCAGGCCACCAAGUACCUGUACGAGCUGCUCUACAACGACCCCAUCAAGAUCAUCCUCAUGCCGGGCUGCAGCUCCGUGUCCACGCUGGUGGCCGAGGCUGCCCGGAUGUGGAAUCUCAUUGUGCUCUCCUACGGCUCCAGCUCCCCGGCCCUGUCCAACCGGCAGCGCUUCCCCACCUUCUUCCGGACGCACCCGUCCGCCACGCUGCACAACCCCACCCGCGUGAAGCUGUUUGAGAAGUGGGGCUGGAAGAAGAUCGCCACCAUCCAGCAGACCACCGAGGUCUUCACGUCGACUUUGGACGAUCUGGAGGAGCGAGUGAAGGAGGCUGGAAUUGAGAUUACUUUCCGCCAGAGUUUCUUCUCAGACCCAGCGGUGCCCGUCAAGAACCUGAAGCGCCAGGAUGCCCGCAUCAUCGUGGGACUUUUCUAUGAGACGGAGGCCCGCAAAGUGUUCUGUGAGGUGUACAAGGAGCGGCUCUUCGGGAAGAAGUACGUGUGGUUCCUCAUCGGCUGGUAUGCGGACAACUGGUUUAAGACCUAUGACCCGUCCAUCAACUGCACAGUGGACGAGAUGACCGAGGCGGUGGAGGGCCACAUCACCACCGAGAUCGUCAUGCUGAACCCUGCCAACACCCGCAGCAUCUCGAACAUGACCUCCCAGGAGUUUGUGGAAAAGCUGACCAAGAGGCUGAAGAGACACCCCGAGGAGACGGGCGGCUUCCAGGAGGCGCCGCUGGCCUACGACGCCAUCUGGGCCCUGGCCCUGGCCCUGAACAAGACGUCGGGAGGCGGCCGCUCGGGCGUGCGCCUGGAGGACUUCAACUACAACAACCAGACCAUCACCGACCAGAUCUACCGCGCCAUGAACUCCUCGUCCUUCGAGGGCGUGUCCGGCCACGUGGUGUUCGACGCCAGCGGCUCUCGGAUGGCAUGGACGCUCAUCGAGCAGCUCCAGGGUGGCAGCUACAAGAAGAUCGGCUACUACGACAGCACCAAGGAUGACCUCUCCUGGUCGAAAACAGAUAAGUGGAUCGGAGGGUCUCCCCCUGCUGACCAGACCCUGGUCAUCAAGACAUUCCGCUUCCUGUCGCAGAAACUCUUUAUCUCCGUCUCGGUUCUCUCGAGCCUGGGCAUUGUCCUAGCUGUUGUCUGUCUGUCUUUUAACAUCUACAACUCGCACGUCCGCUACAUCCAGAACUCGCAGCCCACCCUGAACAACCUCACGGCCGUGGGCUGCUCGCUGGCCUUGGCUGCCGUCUUCCCCCUCGGGCUGGACGGGUACCACAUCGGGAGAAACCAGUUCCCCUUCGUGUGCCAGGCCCGCCUCUGGCUCCUCGGCCUGGGCUUCAGCCUGGGCUACGGCUCCAUGUUCACCAAGAUCUGGUGGGUGCACACGGUGUUCACCAAGAAGGAGGAGAAGAAGGAGUGGAGGAAGACGCUGGAGCCCUGGAAGCUGUACGCCACGGUGGGCCUGCUGGUGGGCACCGACCUGCUCACGCUCGCCGUCUGGCAGGUGGUGGACCCGCUGCACCGGACGGUGGAGACGUUCGCCAAGGAGGAGCCCAAGGAAGACAUCGAUGUGUCCAUCCUGCCGCAGCUGGAGCACUGCAGCUCCCGCAAGAUGAACACGUGGCUCGGCAUCUUCUACGGCUACAAGGGGCUGCUGCUGCUGCUGGGCAUCUUCCUGGCCUACGAGACCAAGAGCGUGUCCACCGAGAAGAUCAAUGACCACCGGGCGGUGGGCAUGGCCAUCUACAACGUGGCGGUCCUGUGCCUCAUCACCGCGCCCGUCACCAUGAUCCUGUCCAGCCAGCAGGACGCGGCCUUCGCCUUCGCCUCGCUCGCCAUCGUCUUCUCCUCCUACAUCACGCUGGUUGUGCUGUUUGUGCCCAAGAUGCGCAGGCUCAUCACCCGUGGGGAGUGGCAGUCGGAGGCCCAGGACACCAUGAAGACCGGCUCCUCCACCAACAACCACGAGGAGGAGAAGUCACGGCUGCUGGAGAAGGAGAACCGGGAGCUGGAGAAGAUCAUCGCGGAGAAACAGGAGCGCGUCUCCGAACUGCGCCGCCAGCUCCAGUCCCGGCAGCAGCUCCGCGCCCGGCGCCCCCCUCCCAGCCCCCCGGGCCCCUCCGGGGGCCUGCCCCGGGGCCCCCCUGAGCUCCCCGAUCGGCUCAGCUGUGAUGGGAGUCGAGUCCAUCUGCUUUACAAGUGA